GAGAGAGAGAGCAAUGUGACUGAGACAGAAAGGCAGAGAAAGUGUGGGGAUGUCAGCAAAUCCACCCAAGGCAGAGAGAGAGAGAGAGAGAGAGAGAAAACGAGAACUAUACUUAGACAGCAAUAAAGAUAGUCAGCCACAACCAACGCUGUCCUACAGAGCAUGCACGGGAGCACGCUGGACCUCUUUGCAGCAACUCUGGAUCGUAUCCAAGCUCAGAAAUCUGGUCCUUUUCAGCUCAUCUGGUCCGGCAACAUCAUUUGACUGGUCAGAGGAUGGAGCUGCUUCCAAAAUCCGGCAGCAACUCACCGCUACUCCAGUGAGACCAGUGCACUUUUUCUGACUUUGUGAGCCUUGUGCUCUGAAAUCUUUGAUGAGACUCGUUGACGUUUCAGAGAGCUGCCGGGUAACGCUGUGGUUUCAACCGGACCACCGGACUAAUCUGUCACCUGUGACUUUGUGAAAGGUAAAAGAAGACCGGAAGAGGUUGUGUGUCAUGCUCUCACAAAAUUGCCUUAUAUUUUAAAGACCAUUACACAUUACACAGUACAAUAUGAAGACUUGACCACUUAUGUUUUAGUGGUUUUAUGGUUUAGUUUUAGAACACAAUCGGCUAAAUGAAGACCACCGAGAAGAAUGAAGCUCACAGACCAUCUAGAAGAUUACAAAAUCACUCAUUGAGGACUUGGUGCUGAUCGCGGCACUUUAGUCCUACUUUGACGCUGCACACUCUAAUACCUUGUGUGUGAAAGUGUGUUUUCCAUCGGUUUACCCCUGGUGAACCGCUUCCGGCCAUGACGCGCCAAUCAGGGGUCCGAGCGGAGGUGACCAGGUGUGUCCCUCGUGGGGUCUGAAGCUUCGUGGCCCCUGCCGUGUGAAUGUGGCGGUGCUAUGCUGACGGCGUCAGGUGUCGCACCAGCACCGUCUGGCCGAGAGUGGCGAUUUCAGUGUUCUGUUGGCGUGGACUGUAGCGACGCUGAGCCCCGCUGCAUCUGGCUGGCGGUUCUGAGGGGUGUGUCGCCUCACAGCUCGCCCCGUCCAACCACCAUCGCAUCACCAAGAAGACGGGGCUCCCGGAGAUCCAUACAACGCCACCGCUUGUCCUGGGCUAAAGGACGGAGAGAUGGCAUGGUGUCGUCCAAUGAGAACAGACGCCGGCCACUGUCGUCGGGUGAGGUGGAAGGCGUGUUGUGGCAGGGCCCGAGGACCAUUUUCGUCCCGAAGAACUCACAGGGAUUCGGCUUCACUCUGCGCCACUUCAUUGUCUACCCGCCUGAGUCCUCCCUCCACAGCAUUAAGGAUGAAGAGAAUGGGAACACAAGUGGAAGAGCAGGUUGCCAGCGGUCUCGUUUGGAGCCAAUGGACACCAUCUUUGUGAAGAGCGUGAAAGACGACGGGCCCGCGCAGCAAGCUGGACUGUGUACAGGGGACAGGCUGGUGAAGGUUAAUGGCGAAAGCAUUCUGGGAAAAACCUACUCUCAAGUGAUCAUGCUCAUCCAAAACAGUGAAAACAUUCUGGAGCUCUCUAUUAUGCCCAAAGAUGAGGAUGUGUUGCAGUUGGUAAGUGCGUACUCCCAUGAUGCCUACCUGAAAGGCAAUGAGCCGUAUUCAGGCGUGGCCCAGAACCUGCCUGCUCCGCCACCUCUCUGCUACCCUUCCACCAGGCCCGGCUCCUCCGCCCCCCCCCACAGACCCCCGGACAACUGGCACUGCCGACCGGGCCCCGUGGCCUCCUCGCUGGACAACCGCCCCCCUGCCGCCACCGCCCCCACACCCGGCUGGCCCGGGUGUCCCGUGGAUUCCGCCGCCCCCCUUGCCCCGUCGGGCCGGAACCGAGGUCGCUCCUCCUCGACCAUCAACGCGCUGGACUUUCACUUUGCUAACCACAAUGCUGCCAUCGCCUCCGCUACUCUGCCUCCCCCGCGAAAGAGCAGCAUGCAGGCCUCUCCCCGCACCCACGCCGACGCUCUGUGCCACCAGGCUCUGUCGGACUGGUACUACAGCCAGGCCGAUGCCGCUGAGAGCAUGUCCCCACGCCACCGCAGCAUAUCACAGGAUUGUUUAGCGGAGCUGGGUCUGGGGUUGGCCCUCGGCCCUGGUCCCGCAUCCACAAGCUCCGCAGAGAAACGCAGGAGGGAAACCCUCCAGUUCCACCACCAGGCGGCUGCUGCAUCCCAUGAUUCCUAUUGGUUAGGGGGUUGGGGUGGUGUAUCAGGACCAGGAAGCAGGUCGUGCUCAGAGAGCCUCCUGGCAGCCUAUGCCGAGUACGAGCAUAACUACGGCCGUUCUGUGGAGACACUGGCCCAAGCCUCAGCACUGGUGUCCCCGCUCUACGAUCCCUCCUCACACGGUUCACAAACGUUACAUUUCAAAGAGCAGAACGUCCCGGAAGUGCAUCAGCACAAAACCACGGUGAUCUCCCCCAUCACAGCCUCCUCCACAGUGCCUCCUAGUAGCAGGCGGUCAGGCCAGCAAGUAGCCGAACCUCAAACACGGCGAGUCAAAGAAGAAGAGCUGGUGGGCUACAAAAGCUACAGCCCUUCUUUCACGCGCAAAGCUGGCCAUCUCCUCCAGCAGGCGCACUCCUUCAGAGAGCCCGGCUGCAGCGGCCCCCACCUCAACUGGAGCCCCGACAGCAGAAGCGGCUCCGUGGACGGCGAGGUCGCCGUGGUACCCAGGCCCCAGUCCACCCCGGCGCCGUCUGCGUCGAUGGAGGAGAGAGGCCGGCUGGGUGAGGACAGGGAGCUCCUCUCCCCCAUCUCCCUGAGCCAAGAGGUGGUCCUGAGGCAGAAGCCGCCGUCCGGCCGCCGAACCCCUGUCCAGCCCGCUCGACUUCCCCACUACACCACAAACGUGGAGUCCCCAGAGUCCCCAGGAGUGGAACCCGGAGAUGGGACCCCGUCUCCAGUGUCCGGGGGGCCAGGCACCAACCGCAGGGCUAAUGGUAGCCUGGCACAGCAUGCUUACAACUCCCUAGCCUCCAUUCCCUUCAUAGAUGAGCCCACCGGUCCUAGUAGUGACCUACAGGCCUGCUAUGUACCAGCCCGCUCUGUUGUGUCCAGUUCCCAGGCCUUCACCACCCUCACUUCCACCCCUGUCCCCCCCACAAUCUCCUCCAUCUCCCCCUUUGUCCACCUUGGUUCUCGGGACUGCAGCAGUAUUAAAAGUCGUCGCUCGUCUUACUUGCUGGCCAUCACCACAGAGAGAUCCAAGUCCUGUGACGAGGGUCUCAACACCUUCAGGGAAGAAGGCCGCGUCUUCUCGAAACUACCAAAAAGGGUCAAGAGCUUUUUCACUGAUGGGUCUCUGGAGAGCCUGCGAGUCCAGGAGGAGGCACGGUCCAAACGCCACUCCACCUCCGAACUGGGAACCAUCACCUUUAGCGAUGUUCGCAAGGAGGGCUGGUUGCACUACAAGCAGAUCCUCACAGAGAAGGGAAAGAAAGUGGGAGGCGGCAUGCGACCGUGGAAGCGCGUCUUUUCCGUUCUGCGCUCGCAUUCGCUCUUCCUCUACAAGGACAAGCGAGAGGCCGUCCUUCACGGGGCGGGGGCGGGGUCUAGCCUGGACGAACACCCUCCGAUCAGCAUCCGCGGCUGCCUGAUCGACAUCGCUUACAGUGAAACCAAGCGGAAGCACACCCUGAGGCUGACCACGCAGGACUUCUGCGAGUAUCUGCUGCAGGCCGAGGACAGGGACGACAUGCUGGCCUGGAUCAGGGUCAUCAGAGAGAACAGCAAGACCGACAACGAGGAGAUCGGCUUCUCAAGACAAGCCCUCAUCAACAAGAAGCUGAAUGACUACAGGAAACACAGUCUGACAGGCAGCAAGCCGGACUCUUCUCCCAAAGCCCACCGUAUGAUGCCCCCCUUCCUCUUGGCUAAGACCGACAACACCUCAGUGAACCGAGCCUCCAGAACCGAGGACAAUAAAGCGUCGUGGGGCAUCAACCUCAUGAAGAAGGCCAAGAAGACCAGCAGUCCCAAGGCUUUUGGCGUGCGACUGGAGGACUGUCAGCCUGCUGUCAACCAUAAAUUUGUCCCUCUGAUUGUGGAGAUGUGCUGUGGCGUGGUGGAGGAGACGGGGUUGGAUUACACCGGUAUCUACCGCGUGCCCGGCAACAACGCCAUGGUGUCCAACCUUCAGGAGCAUCUCAACAAGGGCAUGGACAUCAACACGGCUGAGGAGAGAUGGCAAGACCUGAAUGUAAUCAGCAGCCUGCUCAAGUCCUUCUUCCGAAAACUGCCUGAGCCGCUGUUCACUGAUGACAAAUACAACGACUUCAUUGAUGCCAACCGGAUAGAAGACGCAGAGGACAGACUGAAGACCAUGAAGAAACUGCUCCAUGACCUCCCAGAUCACUAUCAUCACACCCUGAAGUUCCUGGUGGGUCACCUCAAAAAGGUGGCAGAUCACUGUGAACUGAACAAGAUGGAGCCAAGGAACCUGGCCCUGGUGUUUGGUCCCACUCUUGUGAGGACGUCGGAGGACAACAUGACCGACAUGGUCACACACAUGCCUGACCGCUACAAGAUAGUGGAGACACUCAUCCUGCACCACGACUGGUUCUUCACUACCGGAGAGCUUGAUGAGGAGGAGAAGGCCCCAGAAGAUAAGCGCGACAUGCAGCCUGUGCCCAACAUCGACCACCUGCUGUCCAACAUCGGCAGGCCCGGCAUGCCAGGAGAGGCGUCAGAUUCUACCACCAGCGAUUCUCUUAAAUCAAAGCUUUCUUCGCUCUCCAAGAAGGACCUGAGUGCCAGGGACUUCCUGCCCAAGUCCAUCAUUUCCGCUGUGACCCGCAAACGUAAAAAAUGCCUCAGUACCCACGUGCAGGACGGCAGCGCUGACGAGGACUCGGAGCAUGAGCCGGUCAAAACCAGCAACUACGGGGGAGAAGAAGGGGCGGUAGAGGAGGAGGAAGAGGAUGGAGGAGAGGAAGAGGCGGUCGAGGGGCAACAUGCUAUUCUGAAAAAAGACAAAAGAGAUAAAAGGGAAAUUGGGGCAAUGGCUGGGGAGACAGCUGAGGGAAAAGAUGUGUUGUCUGGAGACGAAGAGGGGAACAGAACCAGCAACGGCGCCAAAAAGGAGAGCUGUCGGACAACGGCCUCGCCCUUAAAUGCUACUCAACUUUGUCCAAACCUUUUUCCCCGUUCGCACCAUCAGAUCAAUGCCACUUAUCCAACAACCCCAACCACUUCUGAUCCUCCCUCCCACUUGAGGCCUCGCGCUCCGGCCAGAGAACACUCCACAAUGCCUCUCUGGAUCUGCCCCACCAGGCUUCCCAGCAUCUAUCCAUCUUGUUACGGGACCCAGCAGCCAGACUGGAACCAGUCGGCGCCAGUACGCUACAGGAAGACAAGAGGCGGGAGGACGAGGGCCAUUUCCAUGAACAUGGACCUGGAGCUGGGCAGGAGUGAGGAAAGAGUCAGAGGAUGGAGAGCAGAGAGGGUGGAGGUGAUCAGGGUCAUCGAAGGAGCAUCCGAUCAGCAUAGACGUGUUGGCGUUCCUCAGGGGUCGAUUUUGGGCCCGGGUUCAAUUCAACGAAUAGAUCCCCUUCCUCGUCGCCCUCUCCUCUCUUCAUCCUCAGCCUGGAUAGAUCAGGGCUCCCCAGGAUCUUACCCUGUGGUUCUGAGGCGAUCGGCUUUGGACCCUCGGGACAAGUCAAGAGCGUGGCGCCGUCACACUGUGGUGGUUUGAUCUACUAACGUAGUAUCAAGUACGUAGGGACGACCCUUUGACCCUUCAACCCCACUGACGCGCAGCUGAAGAGUUUCAUUCCAAAAGAGAACUGUGAAACUCUGAAACUCUGAAAGUCUACCAUUCAACUACUUUUAAAGCUACUCACCUUUAAUCCUUCACUCACAGUAAUUAACCGUGUGGUUGUAUGUUUUCAUAAAACAUUAGGGCUGAACACGGCUGCUUAGGAUCCUGGUAUUUCUGGCAAAUUCACACCAAUAUCACUUUUCUCAGGACGGAUACCUGUGGGAUCCUGUGAUCUUUAGCUUGUAUGUUAACAUACUAAAUUCACACACAUCUUUAUGUAGUUACAUUUAGACCUGACAUGCUAACACACAAACCCGCCCAGGACACCCUGGUGUUGUGUUAGCUCGGCCGGCUUAUAAAGCACAGCAGCAACAACGUUCCAUUCCUCACAGGUCGGCACCGUCAAUUCCAUUGAGAUCCACUGAUUUUAAAGCAACAAAUUACUGUUUUUAAUGCUGGUUUGACCAAGACUUCACAGCAAUAUGAGUUAAUACCUAUUUUUAUCCAAUAACCUGAUACAUAUGUGUAUUAAGCUGUGUGGCAAAAUAUAUUUUUGAAAUAUAUUUUUUCUAGAUUAAGUGAACGAGACAGGGUGAAAACAAUUCCACAAUCAGAUCUAAAUAAAGAUAUAGAGAAAUAAGGCUUUGAAGGCAGAAGAUGAUCUUAAUGUGACAUUUAUGUUGUGGAACAACAAUAAUCCCAAUUCUUAAACAACCAUGAAACAUUUACAAAUUUUGCUGCAUAAUCUAGUGUAACAAAUCCAGGGCUCAAUAUAUUAAAGGGAAAUAAGAAAACCCAGACACUGUUAUUAUUAUUAGAUUCUGGUAUAAAAAAAAGCUAAGAUAAGCAUUUUUGCAGUGUUUCAAAGUGCUGUUCUCAUUACACCCUCUAGGUGGCGCCAAAAGGGCCUACCAGGGCCUACCAUUCAUUUCUAAAAUAAUGUUUAGGAAUGAAACCCACCAACUGUAAAUUCAAAAUUAGGAUCAGAAUAUGGAGAAAGAGUAAUAUCUCCAGAGCGGAGCAGCUGUCCCGAGGAGCCCUCACACCAGCAGACUGCAGCACGUGUUCUUCACUGCAGACCGACUGCUGUUGUCCUCGACGACAGCCACAACAAUGACAUGUGACCGGCCCGGUUCUCCGGGCCCCACCCCUCAAUCCUCUACCCGCUCUUCCAAAUCCUCCUGUGGAUCUCCGGGGGACUCCAGGGUCCACCCUCGCUCUCUCUCGGGGACUUGGGCGUCAUGCCGAAGCUUCAGAGGACUUAAAAGAAAAAAUAGAUAUAGAUAUAUACAUGUUGCGUGCAUGGGGUCGGUGAUAUUACAAUAUGCAAACUCAACAAAGUGUUGAACACAAGCAUAUCAUGGUUCCCUGUCUGUGUCUCGUAUGUCGGGGGAGGAGUUUAAGGAAGAGUUUAAGGCAGCUAUGCGAAGUGAUGCCAAAAUGUUUUGUUUGUAUCAUUUGUGGACAAUUUAGAGCAAAAAGAGAAACUACAUGAUAUCAGUGUUACGAAGAGUGUUCAACACAACUGAAUAACCUCCUCUUAUACAAAACCAGAGUCUUACCCAAGUGAUAUUUUUCAAAUUUCCCUUUCCACAUAUGAUGUGGAUGUUUCCGCUCUUGUGAGGUGUAGAGAAGUGAACUAAAGUGUACUACCAGCCUCCAUGUUCCAUGUGUGAGUCCCUCUCUGUGCAUGUCCUCUCUGAACGUGGGUGGCUGUGUGUGGACCAAUUUUUGUAACAGUUGUACAAUGCCUUGUUAAGUUAACCUGUAUAUAUAAUUAUUAUACAUAAUAUAUUAAAUUAUUUGUUUUUGAA